AUGAGUUACAUCCAUCCCUCAUGGAACUACCCUGGCCACUCUGGUCUUCCUAUGGAUCACACCCUCGCCUAUGAUCCUUCUAUGGUGCCUCCUCCUAUGAUGCACCACCCUAUUGACGGCUAUCUCUACCCUCACCCUCCUAUGGAGAUGAUCGACUACUAUCACCAACCGAUUAUGGACUACGAUGAAUACACAGAGAACCUAUCUCGCCCAAGGUUAACCAAAGAGCAAGUCGAGACCUUGGAAAACCAAUUCCAAGCUCAUCCCAAGCCUAGCAGCAAUGUUAAGCGUCAAUUGGCAGCUCAGACCAACCUGAGUCUACCUCGCGUUGCGAACUGGUUCCAAAAUCGACGCGCCAAGGCAAAGCAACAAAAACGUCAGGAGGAAUUUGAGAAGAUGCAAAAAGCUAAGGCUGAGGCUGAGGAGGCUGCUCGUCGCAAGUCUGAGGGUCCUAGUCAGUCGUCAGAGUCACAAUCUACCGUGGUGCCCAAAGAGGAGCCCGAGAGGUCGCCGACCCCAAAGCCGCAAUCUGUGAAGGCUGAGGGUAAUGCAAAGGCCGAGGAGAAUAAGAAGCACCAGAAAACAAAGAGUGAGUCUGCCCGUGAAGCAACCUUCGCAUCAUUGCAGCGAGCACUGAACGCUGCAGUUGCUGCUCGUGAUCGCUUCGCUCCACGACGAGACUCGCAUUCCAAGCAUGAGUCCCCGUUGGAGGAAGAAGCUAUCUCCCCUACAUCGAUGGCGCCACCGAAGGCAGCCCCUAGUGUCUCUGAGAACAAGGCCCAAGCUCUGAGCCAGCCUUUCCAGGAUUGGCCUGACGUGAAAGAGGCGGCUCACUGGACCUCUCCCCAGAGUCACCAGUUCCCCCCGACCAGUCAGGCCCUUUCUGAGCUGCCAAGCUCUUCACACGCUGUGCACCACAAUGUGGAUGCGUACGCGGGUGCUCAGUACCCUCAAAAUGAGGACUGGGUUGAGACUCCUAAGGAUCAACAUAUGAUGCACAGCGUUAGCCCCGAUGCUAGUCUGGGUUACACAAACAUGCAAUACCCCCUGUCCAUGCAGGCUCCCGAUAUCUCCGUUACCCGCCGCGAGUCGGCUAGCGCUCUCACAGCCUCUUUGGAGGGUAUUGGCAUCUGUACACCCACUCAGUCAACUCAGGGAGGAGCGUCAUGGAAGGAUUCGGGCAAGGAACUUGACCUCGCUGCUCGACGUAAGCGUCCUCGCCCUGCCGCCAUUGGUACUUCCAACACUCGCUCCCUAGCAGCUUCGACUUCAAUGUCUUCUCUUUCUCCCACUAGCCGUAUGCAGAACUCGGGUGCUGGCAACUCGAUGAGGCAUACCAAGUCGGCACAGAACCUAAACACUAGGUACGCUGGUGUUCGUAAGGCUUCCGCUGCCCAGCGAUCUCCCCUCAACUUCACAUUUGCCGAGUCAGGCUCCUUGAAGUCUAGCAAGGCUGAUAUGCUGCGGCCAUCUGUCUCAUCAUCAUCCUUGGCCCCUCCGACUCCCUUGACUCCUCAGGACUUCCAACACUUCAUGCCAGCUUCACCCACAGACAGCUACUGCAUGUCCGCACACUCCAACACUCAGUUCUUCCCCUCUUCUCAGCCCAUGCAAGUGAACAUUGCAUCUCCUCCCACUACGCCUCUUGAUAUCUACUCUCCAUUCCCCUUCCAAAACGGUGCCCCACCUAUGUCUGCUCCGGCUCAGAUGAACGGCUUCCCCGAGUAUGUGACCUGUGACCCAGUUCCCAUGACCGCUCGAAGCUGGGCCGAGAGCACUACUCUCUCCUCUCCAGACUUCCAGGCCGGUCUUCAGGUCCCUCACUCUAGCACAGUGUCUCCUAUUGGUUACGAUGCGCCUGUUGACCACCAUGGACAUGGCUUCAUGGAGGCCGUGUCUGGUUCACCAUCCCUCAUUUACUCAAUUGAGGAUGCCGACAUGCCUGUUUCUACGGAUGGAGAGAGAAAGGCGUCUGACUUUACGAUGCAUGAGUUCCACGACCAACAGGAUACUCAUCGUUUUGCAGCUCAGCAGAUGGGAUCCAUCCACAAGCCUAAGGCGUACACUUUUAACAAUGCUACGCCUAAUCACUACCCUUAA